AUGGCCGAUAUAAUCCCCUUGAUCACUCUCGAGGAGCAUUUCGUCUCCCAGGCCGUCCUGGACUUCUACGCCCGGCAAGGCCUGGAGCAGACAAUACCGGAAUCGCACAAGAAUAUCAUGAACGCCCUGUGUGAGGUCGGGCCUCGACGCCUGCAGUCGAUGGACUCGGGCCGGGUCAGCAUCCAAGUCAUCUCACACCGACCGAACGCGAUCCCCCUGCCUCCCGAUGUCUGCCGUGCAGCAAACAAUGAAUUGCACGAAGCGAUCAACUCCUCACCGUCGCCCAACCGGUUCGCCGCCUUCGCCAUGCUGCCGACGUUAUACCCGGAAGACUCGGCGAAGGAACUGGAGCGGUGCGUCACGGAGCUCGACUUUGUCGGCUCACUGAUCGACAACACCGUGGAUGGCCGCUUCUAUGACGACUCGUACUUCUGGCCCAUCUUUGCCGCCCACGAAUGUCUCGACGUCCCGGUGUACCUGCACGGGUCACCACACCCACAGAGCGAAUCCUCGCCAUUCCACGGGAACUAUGCACCGCAAGUGUCGGCGUUCCUCGAAAACCAUGGGUUUAACUGGCAAACGGAGGUGGCGCUGGGGGUGUUGCGACUGUUCGCAUCGAAGCUCUUCGACGAGCACCCCCACCUGAAACUCUUACUGGGCCACAUGGGCGAGCUGCUGCCGUACACACUGGACCGAGUGCACAAGCUGAUCCAACGGACAUGGCCUGCUUCGGCUCGUCCGAGGCGGCACCUACUGCAAGUCUGGCACCAUAACAUCUACAUAACGACUAGCGGCAUGUUCAGUCUCGCCCCAAUGGCCUGCCUCAUCCACAUGUGCUGUGCCGACAAGGUGCUGUAUAGCGUCGACUACCCCUUUUGCAGCAACGACGAGGGCCUGGCGUUUAUGACCCAGCUGCGCGAAAGCGACAUGAUCAACGAGCAGGAUUUCCUGGACAUCGCGUACAAGAAUGCCGAGCGUCUGCUAGGUCUGCGUGUCCCCGAGGACAAUUUGGUGGGCAUGGAAGACACCAAUGGCGACGGCGACGCGGCAUCGAGUGGAGCUAGGCUUCGGACGUGGAUGUCCACAGAAGACACGAAUGGAGAUGGGGAUGUUCAAUUCCCACACUCGCCACUUGAGACGGUUCAUGAAUGA